GGCUGCGGGGCGGAAGUGGGGCCUGUGUGAGUUCAGAGAGGGAGAGGGAGGACAGUGGCGACGGACGGACGGAGGGUCUCGGCUAUUGAGGAGGAGGAGGAGGAGGCGGCGGAGGAGGAGGAAGGGGGAAGGUUAACGAAAGCUCGCCGCCGAUGACCAUCCUACCCAAGCAGCAGGCCGAGCGGGGGGACGACGGGGACGGGAGGCCCCCCGGGGUAGGCCCCAGGCCUCGGGCCUCGCCUACACCGCCGGCCCCGGGGGGCCUAGCUCUGGCCGGGGCUUCCUCCUCCUCGUCCUGCGGCCCUUCGGCGGGCGGCUCCUCCUCUUCGGCUUCUUCCUCCUCCUGCUCCUCCUCCUCGGCGGCGGCGGAGGAUGCGGCCUGUCAGGCCUCGGCCUCGAUUUCUUCCUCCAACCCUUCGUCGGCCGGGGGCGGCGGGUCGUCGGGCCCCGCCGGCUCCUGCCCGCCGGGGUCGGCCUCCUGCUCGUCGUCGUCGUCAUCGUCGUCGUCCCCGGGCUCGGGCUCGCCGUGCACCGGGGAGGGCUCGUCGGGCCCCGGGGGCUCGGCGCUCGGGGCCUGCUGCUCCUCCUCCUCCUGCUCGGGCCCGGGCCAGGCCCAGGCCGCGGCCUCGCACUGGCAGCUGCUGCAGGAGCCUGCGGCCUCCGCUUACCCGCGGCACCACCGCCGUCCCCACCGCCACCAUCACCACCGCCACCACCACAAGAGGCGCCACCGGGCCUCCCCUCACCGCAGCGGCCGCAUGGGGCACCGCGGGGCCGGGGGGCCCCCUACUCCAGGCCCAGGCCCCCCCUUAGGCCUUCACCCCCACCACCUGCUGCACUACAGGAGGCCCCAGGCUUCCCCCAGCCCCCCCGGGGGUGGGGGAGGCGGCGGCGGCGCCGGGGGUGGCGGAGGCGGCGGGGGGGCCGGGGGCCGAGGGGGCCUCCUCCAUCACCUCCUGGAGCAGCACCGCCGCCGCCUCCUGCAGCAGCAGCAGCACCGCCGCCGCCUGCCCCCCCGGGGAGAGCCCGAGGAGGAGGAGGAGGACGACGACGACGAGGACGAGGACGAGGAGGGGGGAGCCGGCCCCGGCUACAACAGCGAGGACGAGUACGAGACGGCGGCCAGAGAGCAGCAGCAGCAGAUGCUCCAGGACCCGGCUAAGCUGGAGCAGCAGGAGCACUGGUUUGAGAAGGCCCUCAGUGAGAAGAAAGGUUUUGUCAUUAAGCGCAUGAAGGAGGAUGGAGCCUGCCUGUUCCGUGCUGUUGCGGACCAGGUUUACGGAGAUCAGGACAUGCACGAUGUGGUGAGGAAGCAUUGCAUGGAUUACUUGGUGAAGAACGCGGACUAUUUCUCCAACUACGUCACCGAGGACUUUGCCACCUACAUCAGCCGUAAGCGGGUCAGCAGCUGCCAUGGCAACCACAUCGAGAUGCAAGCCAUGGCCGAGAUGUACAAUCGGCCCGUCGAGGUGUAUCAGUAUGGCGUGGCGGGCGAGGGAACGUCGCCGAUCAACACAUUCCACAGCAUCCACCAGACGGAGGACGAGCCCAUCCGGGUCAGUUACCAUCGCAACAUCCAUUACAACUCCGUGGUCAACCCCAACAAGGCCACCAUCGGGGUCGGGCUCGGCCUCCCAGCCUUCAAACCCGGCUCCGCUGACCAGUCGCUGAUGAAAAAUGCCAUCAAGACUUCAGAGGAGUCAUGGAUAGAGCAGCAGAUGCUGGAGGACAAGAAGCGAGCCACAGACUGGGAGGCCACCAACGAAGCUAUUGAGGAGCAGGUGGCUCGCGAGUCCUACCUGCAGUGGCUAAGGGACCAGGAGAAGCAGGUGCAGCAGGUAAGCCUUGCCCAUGCUCGCUCCGCGCCACGCCGUCUGAAGGAGGUCGGGAGCCUAGCGCGGACCAGGCUUCCUCGCAAAACGAAUCCCCACCCCCCCCUCGGAAAUAGCGAUCACACAGAAACGGCUGAGAAUUUUCCCUCCACUUUGAGAGUGAGAAGCUGGGCUCGGGAACCGCUGUGCUAA